AUGGUGAAGAUUCAAAUGCAGCUUCGGGAUGGCGAGCCCUACCUACGCACGGCUUACGGCAUCCUGAUCUGUUACUGGGACGGCGUUGUGCACUACCUCCUCUACCUCGCCAUGAUCGGAGCGAUCGCACAGCGGAAGAACUACAGGACCUUGGGUCUCUACUGGCUGGGCUCCUUGAUGAUGAGCAUUGUCGUCUUCCUGCCGGGGAACCUGCUGGGGAAGUAUGGCUCUGAGAUCCGCCCCUCCUUCCUGCUCAACGUGCCCUACCUCCUGAUCCCUGUCUGGGCUGGGAUGAAACUCUUCCGCCAGCCGAGAUCCCUUCCUUGCUGCACUGCUGAGAAGGUGGUCCUGGACUGUCCGUCCGAUUCCUGCUUCGACUACAUUUACCAGUACGAGCCGUACCUGCGCGACCCUGUCGCCUACCCCAAAGUGCAGAUGCUGGUCUACAUGUUCUACGUCCUCCCCUUCUUUGGCCUGGGCGUGUAUGGGUGGCUGCCCGACUGGGCCCUGGUGUGCGCCGGAGCCGUCGCGCAGGAGCAUCUUACACUCACUUCGGACUGGUGCAAAGUGCAUGGCAGCAAAGAAUAG